AUCGUUGUACAUCGAAUCAAUAUCGGUUUAUACACAAAAAUAAAAUACAUUUCGCAUCGCCAAUAUUAUAAUGUCAUGAAUAAUGACAAGAAAACGUUCUGGUAAUUGUGUUGUUAUAAAACUGAUCUAUCAUCGGUUUUCGUGCGUAAAAAACUACUCUGCCAGAUUAUGUACAAAGCGAUAAUAUUCCUGACACUAAUUGCUGCGUCAUCGGCCCAGUAUCUACCGAACGGCUGCCCCUCAAACUUCCACAUCCACCUGCUGCUCCCCCACGAAACGGACUGCUCCAAGUUCUACUCAUGCAGCAACGGUAGGAAGGUUCUGCAGGCGUGCGCUGGUGGUACGCUCUUCGAUUUCAAAGCUCAGAUCUGUAACUGGCCAUCAGCAGUGAAUUGCACAACAAGGCCACCAGCACCCGAGGUCACCACACACCCUGCACCAGUACCAACCCAACCACCGACAGUUCCACCUGAGACCGUGCCACCCACAACGACACCACCCGUGACGUCACCAGCCCCCACGUCACCACCUGGUUCCGACUUCCUGCCAAACGGCUGUCCUAAAGACAUCCACGUGCAUUGGUUGGUCCCGCACGAGUAUGACUGCACGAAGUUCUACCAGUGCACACACGGGAACCUGGUGCUCAAGACUUGCAGUGGAGGACUGUACUUCGAUUUCGCUUUACAGGUCUGCAAUUGGCCUUUCAUGGUCAACUGCACAACCAGUACAACACUCAGCCCGACCACCGCCAGUCCCACCGAGACCACACCCAUCGUGACGUCACCCAGCGCAACCACACCCAGUCCUGCCCCAGUCACGACUCCCAGUACCACAACCACAAGGCCGCCUACCACCGAAGGCGCCUUCCUGCCGAACGGCUGCCCUGCCGACUUCCACGUGCACCUCCUCCUGCCCCACGAGACGGACUGCACCAAAUUCUACUACUGCGCUCACGGCGAGAAAGUAUUGAGACAAUGCGGCCCUAACACGGCAUUCAAUUUUGAAUUACAGGUUUGCGAUUGGUAUUUCAACGUGAACUGCACGAUCCCUGACGCGACCACCGAGGGACCGCCUUCGUCGACUCCAACAACCGUACCAACAACUACAGAAGACGUGCUAACAACAUAUGACCCUAAAACCACAACACUACAACCUAUAUUUACAACUGAUAUUGUUGAAACAACCACCGCUGACGAUGGUGGAGAAGACGGUGAUGUCACUACCACUACAGAGAGCAGUAUUACAACUCAUUUACCCACAGUGGUACCGACCACUACUACGGAGCUACCGACUACAGUGACUACAGAAGGUACCACUACAAAACUGCCCACUACAGUAACUACAGAAGGUACCACUAACACAGAACUACCGACUACAAUAACUACAGAGGGUACCACAACUACAGAACUACCGACUACAAUAACUACAGAAGGUAUAACUACAACAGAGCUACCCACUACAAUAACUACAGAAGGUACAACUACAACAGAGCUACCGACUACAAUAACUACAGAGGGUACAAUUACAACAGAGCUACCUACAACAGUCACUACAGAAGGUACCACUACCACAGAAGUACCGACUACAAUAACUACAGAGGGUACAACUACAACAGAGCUACCUACAACAGUCACUACAGAAGGUACCACUACCACAGAUCUACCGACUACAAUAACUACAGAGGGUACAACUACAACAGAGCUACCUACAACAAUCACUACAGUAGGUACCACUACCACAGAACUACCGACUACAAUAACUACAGAGGGUACAACUACGACAGAGCUACCUACAACAAUCACUACAGAAGGUACCACUACCACAGAGCUACCUACAAUCGUCACUACAGAAGGUACCACAACUACAGAAGUACCGACUACAAUAACUACAGAAGGUACAACUACAACAGAGCUACCUACAACGGUCACUACAGAAGGUACCACUACCACAGAAGUACCGACUACAAUAACUACAGAAGGUACAACUACAACAGAGCUACCUACAACCGUCACUACAGAAGGUACCACAACUACAGAACUACCGACUACGAUAACUACAGAGGGUACAACUACAACAGAGCUACCUACAACAGUCACUACAGAAGGUACCACUACCACAGAAGUACCGACUACAAUAACUACAGAAGGUACAACUACAACAGAGCUACCUACAACAGUCACUACAGAAGGUACCACAACUACAGAACUACCGACUACGAUAACUACAGAGGGUACAACUAUAACAGAGCUACCUACAACAGUCACUACAGAAAGUACCACAAUUACAGAGCUACCUACUACAGUCACUACAGAAGGUACCACAACUACAGAAGUACCGACUACAAUAACUACAGAGGGUACAACUACAACAGAGCUACCUACAACAGUCUUUACAGAAAGUACCACAAUUACAGAGCUACCUACUACAAUCACUACAGAAGGUACCACAACUACAGAACUACCGAGUACAAUAACUACAGAAGGUAUAACUACAACAGAGUUACCUACAACAGUCACUACAGAAGGUACCACUACCACAGAGCUACCGACUACAAUAACUACAGAGGGUACAACUACAACCGAGUUACUUACGACAGUCACUACAGAAGGUACCACUACCACAGAGCUACCCACUACAAUAACUACAGAAGGUACAACUACAACAGAGCUACCCACUACAAUAACUACAGAAGGUACAACUACAACAGAGCUACCCACUACAAUAACUACAGAAGGUACAACUACAACAGAGCUACCUACAACAGUCACUACAGAAGGUACCACUACCACAGAGCUACCCACUACAAUAACUACAGAGGGUACAACUACAACAGAGCUACCUACAACAGUCACUACAGAAGGGACCAUUACCACAGAGCUACCUACUACAAUCACUACAGAAGGUACCACUACCACAGAACUACCGACUACAAUAACUACAGAGGGUACAACUACAACAGAAGUACCGACUACAAUAGCUACAGAGGGUACAACUACAACAGAGCUACCUACAACAGUCACUACAGAAGGUACCACUACCACAGAGCUACCUACUACAAUAACUACAGAGGGUACAACUACAACAGAGCUACCUACAACAGUCACUACAGAAGGGACCACUACCACAGAGCUACCUACUACAAUCACUACAGAAGGUACAACUACAACAGAGCUACCUACAACAGUCACUACAGAAGGUACCACUACCACAGAGCUACCUACAACAGUCACUACAGAAGGUACCACUACCACUGAACUACCGACUACAAUAACUACAGAGGGUACAACUACAACAGAGCUACCUACAACAGUCAUUACAGAAGGGACCACUACCACAGAGCUACCUACUACAAUAACUACAGAGGGUACAAUUACAACAGAGCUACCUACAACAGUCACUACAGAAGGGACCACUACCACAGAGCUACCUACUACAAUCACUACAGAAGGUACAACUACAACAGAGCUACCUACAACAGUCACUACAGAAGGUACCACUACCACAGAGCUACCUACAACAGUCACUACAGAAGGUACCACUACCACUGAACUACCGACUACAAUAACUACAGACGGUACAACUACAACAGAGCUACCUACAACAGUCAUUACAGAAGGGACCACUACCACAGAGCUACCUACUACAAUCACUACAGAAGGUACAACUACAACAGAGCUACCUACAACAGUCAUUACAGAAGGGACCACUACCACAGAGCUACCUACUACAGUCACUACAGAAGGUACCACUACCACUGAACUACCGACUACAAUAACUACAGAGGGUACAACUACAACAGAGCUACCUACAACAGUCAUUACAGAAGGGACCACUACCACAGAGCUACCUACUACAAUCACUACAGAAGGUACAACUACAACAGAGCUACCUACAACAGUCAUUACAGAAGGGACCACUACCACAGAGCUACCUACUACAAUCACUACAGAAGGUACAACUACAACAGAGCUACCUACAACAGUCACUACAGAAGGUACCACUACCACAGAGCUACCUACAACAGUCACUACAGAAGGUACCACUACCACUGAACUACCGACUACAAUAACUACAGAAGGUAUAACUACAACAGAGCUACCCACUACAAUAACUACAGAAGGUACAACUACAACAGAGCUACCGACUACAAUCACUACAGAGGGUACAACUACAACAGAGCUACCUACAACAGUCACUACAGAAGGUACCACUACCACAGAACUACCCACUACAAUAACUACAGAGGGUACAACUACAACAGAAGUACCGAGUACAAUAACUACAGAAGGUAUAACUACAACAGAGUUACCUACAACAGUCACUACAGAAGGUACCACUACCACAGAACUACCGACUACAAUAACUACUGAAGGUACAACUACAACAGAGCUACCUACAACAGUCACUACAGAAGGUACCACUACCACAGAGCUACCCACUACAAUAACUACAGAGGGUACAACUACAACAGAGCUACCUACAACAGUCACUACAGAAGGUACCACUACCACUGAACUACCGACUACAAUAACUACAGAAGGUACAACUACAACAGAGCUACCUACAACAGUCACUACAGAAAGUACCACUACCACAGAACUACCCACUACAAUAACUACAGAGGGUACAACUACAACAGAAGUACCGAGUACAAUAUCUACAGAAGGUAUAACUACAACAGAGUUACCUACAACAGUCACUACAGAAGGUACCACUACCACAGAACUACCGACUACAAUAACUACAGAGGGUACAACUACAACAGAAGUACCGACUACAAUAACUACAGAGGGUACAACUACAACAGAGCUACCUACAACAGUCACUACAGAAGCUACCACUACCACAGAAGUACCGACUACAAUAACUACAGAAGUUACAACUACAACAGAGCUACCUACAACAGUCACUACAGAAGGUACCACUACCACAGAGCUACCCACUACAAUAACUACAGAGGGUAUAACUACAACAGAAGUACCGAGUACAAUAACUACAGAAGGUACCACUACCACUGAACUACCCACUACAAUAACUACAGAGGGUACAACUACAACAGAAGUACCGAGUACAAUAACUACAGAAGGUAUAACUACAACAGAGUUACCUACAACAGUCACUACAGAGGGUACAACUACAACAGAAUUACCGACUACAAUAACUACAGAGGGUACCACCACAGAACUGCCCACUUCGGUCACCACGGAGGGCAUUACUACAACAGAAUUACCUACAACAGUCACUACAGAAGGGACCACUACCACAGAGCUACCUACUACAAUCACUACAGAAGGUACAACUACAACAGAGCUACCUACAACAGUCACUACAGAAGGUACCACUACCACAGAGCUACCUACAACAGUCACUACAGAAGGUACCACUACCACUGAACUACCGACUACAAUAACUACAGAGGGUACAACUACAACAGAAGUACCGACUACAAUAGCUACAGAGGGUACAACUACAACAGAGCUACCUACAACAGUCACUACAGAAGGUACCACUACCACAGAGCUACCUACUACAAUAACUACAGAGGGUACAACUACAACAGAGCUACCUACAACAGUCACUACAGAAGGGACCACUACCACAGAGCUACCGACUACAAUCACUACAGAGGGUACAACUACAACAGAGCUACCUACAACAGUCACUACAGAAGGUACCACUACCACAGAACUACCCACUACAAUAACUACAGAGGGUACAACUACAACAGAAGUACCGAGUACAAUAACUACAGAAGGUAUAACUACAACAGAGUUACCUACAACAGUCACUACAGAAGGUACCACUACCACAGAACUACCGACUACAAUAACUACUGAAGGUACAACUACAACAGAGCUACCUACAACAGUCACUACAGAAGGUACCACUACCACAGAGCUACCCACUACAAUAACUACAGAGGGUACAACUACAACAGAGCUACCUACAACAGUCACUACAGAAGGUACCACUACCACUGAACUACCGACUACAAUAACUACAGAAGGUACAACUACAACAGAGCUACCUACAACAGUCACUACAGAAAGUACCACUACCACAGAACUACCCACUACAAUAACUACAGAGGGUACAACUACAACAGAAGUACCGAGUACAAUAUCUACAGAAGGUAUAACUACAACAGAGUUACCUACAACAGUCACUACAGAAGGUACCACUACCACAGAACUACCGACUACAAUAACUACAGAGGGUACAACUACAACAGAAGUACCGACUACAAUAACUACAGAGGGUACAACUACAACAGAGCUACCUACAACAGUCACUACAGAAGGUACCACUACCACAGAAGUACCGACUACAAUAACUACAGAAGUUACAACUACAACAGAGCUACCUACAACAGUCACUACAGAAGGUACCACUACCACAGAGCUACCCACUACAAUAACUACAGAGGGUAUAACUACAACAGAAGUACCGAGUACAAUAACUACAGAAGGUACCACUACCACUGAACUACCCACUACAAUAACUACAGAGGGUACAACUACAACAGAAGUACCGAGUACAAUAACUACAGAAGGUAUAACUACAACAGAGUUACCUACAACAGUCACUACAGAGGGUACAACUACAACAGAAUUACCGACUACAAUAACUACAGAGGGUACCACCACAGAACUGCCCACUUCGGUCACCACGGAGGGCAUUACUACAACAGAAUUACCUACAACAGUCACUACAGAAGGGACCACUACCACAGAGCUACCUACUACAAUCACUACAGAAGGUACAACUACAACAGAGCUACCUACAACAGUCACUACAGAAGGUACCACUACCACAGAGCUACCUACAACAGUCACUACAGAAGGUACCACUACCACUGAACUACCGACUACAAUAACUACAGAGGGUACAACUACAACAGAGCUACCUACAACAGUCAUUACAGAAGGGACCACUACCACAGAGCUACCUACUACAAUAACUACAGAGGGUACAAUUACAACAGAGCUACCUACAACAGUCACUACAGAAGGGACCACUACCACAGAGCUACCUACUACAAUCACUACAGAAGGUACAACUACAACAGAGCUACCUACAACAGUCACUACAGAAGGUACCACUACCACAGAGCUACCUACAACAGUCACUACAGAAGGUACCACUACCACUGAACUACCGACUACAAUAACUACAGACGGUACAACUACAACAGAGCUACCUACAACAGUCAUUACAGAAGGGACCACUACCACAGAGCUACCUACUACAAUCACUACAGAAGGUACAACUACAACAGAGCUACCUACAACAGUCAUUACAGAAGGGACCACUACCACAGAGCUACCUACUACAGUCACUACAGAAGGUACCACUACCACUGAACUACCGACUACAAUAACUACAGAGGGUACAACUACAACAGAGCUACCUACAACAGUCAUUACAGAAGGGACCACUACCACAGAGCUACCUACUACAAUCACUACAGAAGGUACAACUACAACAGAGCUACCUACAACAGUCAUUACAGAAGGGACCACUACCACAGAGCUACCUACUACAAUCACUACAGAAGGUACAACUACAACAGAGCUACCUACAACAGUCACUACAGAAGGUACCACUACCACAGAGCUACCUACAACAGUCACUACAGAAGGUACCACUACCACUGAACUACCGACUACAAUAACUACAGAAGGUAUAACUACAACAGAGCUACCCACUACAAUAACUACAGAAGGUACAACUACAACAGAGCUACCGACUACAAUCACUACAGAGGGUACAACUACAACAGAGCUACCUACAACAGUCACUACAGAAGGUACCACUACCACAGAACUACCCACUACAAUAACUACAGAGGGUACAACUACAACAGAAGUACCGAGUACAAUAACUACAGAAGGUAUAACUACAACAGAGUUACCUACAACAGUCACUACAGAAGGUACCACUACCACAGAGCUACCUACAACAGUCACUACAGAAGGUACCACUACCACAGAACUACCGACUACAAUAACUACUGAAGGUACAACUACAACAGAGCUACCUACAACAGUCACUACAGAAGGUACCACUACCACAGAGCUACCCAUUACAAUAACUACAGAGGGUACAACUACAACAGAGCUACCUACAACAGUCACUACAGAAGGUACCACUACCACUGAACUACCGACUACAAUAACUACAGAAGGUACAACUACAACAGAGCUACCUACAACAGUCACUACAGAAAGUACCACUACCACAGAACUACCCACUACAAUAACUACAGAGGGUACAACUACAACAGAAGUACCGAGUACAAUAUCUACAGAAGGUAUAACUACAACAGAGUUACCUACAACAGUCACUACAGAAGGUACCACUACCACAGAACUACCGACUACAAUAACUACAGAGGGUACAACUACAACAGAAGUACCGACUACAAUAACUACAGAGGGUACAACUACAACAGAGCUACCUACAACAGUCACUACAGAAGGUACCACUACCACAGAAGUACCGACUACAAUAACUACAGAAGGUACAACUACAACAGAGCUACCUACAACAGUCACUACAGAAGGUACCACUACCACAGAGCUACCCACUACAAUAACUACAGAGGGUAUAACUACAACAGAAGUACCGAGUACAAUAACUACAGAAGGUACCACUACCACUGAACUACCCACUACAAUAACUACAGAGGGUACAACUACAACAGAAGUACCGAGUACAAUAACUACAGAAGGUAUAACUACAACAGAGUUACCUACAACAGUCACUACAGAGGGUACAACUACAACAGAAUUACCGACUACAAUAACUACAGAGGGUACCACCACAGAACUGCCCACUUCGGUCACCACGGAGGGCAUUACUACAACAGAAUUACCUACAACAGUCACUACAGAAGGUACCACUACCACAGAACUACCGACUACAAUAACUACAGAGGGUACAACUGCUACAGAGUUACCGACAACAGUCACUACAGAAGGUACCAUAACUACAGAGCUACCUACAACAGUCACUACAGAAGGUACCACUACCACAGAGCUACCUACUAUAGUAACCACAGAAGGUACCACAACUACAGAACAACCUACAACAGUCACUACAGAAGGUACCACUACCACAGAGCUACCUACUACAGUAACUACAGAAGGUACCACAACUACAGAAGUACCGACUACAAUAACUACAGAGGGUACAACUAUAACAGAGCUACCUACAACAGUCACUACAGAAGGUACCACUACCACAGAAUUACCGACUACAAUAACUACAGAGGGUACCACCACAGAACUGCCCACUUCGGUCACCACGGAGGGCAUUACUACAACAGAAUUACCUACAACAGUCACUACAGAAGGUACCACUACCACAGAACUACCGACUACAAUAACUACAGAGGGUACAACUGCUACAGAGUUACCGACAACAGUCACUACAGAAGGUACCAUAACUACAGAGCUACCUACAACAGUCACUACAGAAGGUACCACUACCACAGAGCUACCUACUAUAGUAACCACAGACGGUACAACUACCACCCUUGUUACUGAUCUACCAACGACAGCUACCACUGAAGAUCUUACCACGGUAGUUACAGAAGAUACCACAACAACAACGCUCGUCACAUCUACCCCAGAAGUGACGUCCACUACAGAGGCGGAGACGACCACGCCCUCGAUUUGUCCUCCUGGGUUCUUCGGGAACAUUCCGCAUCCGUAUCUCUGUAAUUCAUUUUUCAUGUGUCUCGAUGGCUUGGCGAUACAAAUGUUCUGCGCUGUUGGAUUUGAAUUCGACCCAGCUACUGAGACUUGCGUCAUCAUCGCCGAGGGAGGCUGCACGUUGGGCACAAGACCUCCGACAGCUUCUACUCCUGAAUAUACAACUGUAGACUUUUCUACAACUGGAACGCCUUUUACAGUCACAGAAGAAUCAACGUAUCUUACUACAGAUGGGAUCAGUACAGUGACUAAUGAAUUACCAAGUACCUUAUCUACUACAGAAGAAGGGACGUCUACAGUAACGACAUCAGAGUAUACUACUACAGAAUUACCUACUACUAGUACCCCUGUUACAGUAACGGACGAAUCCACAUAUUCUACGACUGAUUGGCCUACAACAAUAACUACAGAAAGUUCAAGUACUACUGAAGUUAUCACAGAUGUACCUACUUCAAUUACAACUGAAGAGUCUUCUACAGCGUCAACUGUAAUUACAUCUACUACUGACUUGCCUACUACAGUAACCUCAGAAGGUACCUCUUCUAUUCCAACUACCAUCACUACGGAGGAUACACCAACAGCGACCACCGAAAGUACUUUUACUACUGAGUUGCCAACAGAGAGUACAACAACCGGUACUGCAGAGGGUACCAGUACGACGGAAUUACCUUCCACACCAACAACUCUCGUCCCCUCAACCCCAGAGAUUACUUCUACUACAGAAGCGGAGACGACUACGCCCUCUAUUUGUCCUCCUGGAUUCUCUGGGAACCUUCCGCAUCCGUAUCUCUGUAAUUCGUACUUUAUGUGUAUCAAUGGCGUCGCGAUACAAGUCUUCUGUGCUGAAGGAUUUGAGUUUGAUCCAAUCACUGAGGCUUGCGUGAUUAUAGCUGAAGGAGGUUGCACAUUAGGAACAAGACCUCCAACAUAUACUACUCCUGGGUAUACAACUACAGAAUCAUCUACCACUACAUCACCAACAGCCACAGACGAAUCUACUUAUAUUACCACUGACGGGCUAACCACAGCUACUCAAGGCACUUCUACUACUGAGCUGCCAACUUCAGUAACAGCAGAGAGUACUUCUACUAUACUGCCUACUACAAUAACUACAGAAGGCACUCCUACUAGUGACUCACCUACGACACUAACUACAGUUGAUACGACAGUGUCAACAGAUGGCACCACAACCACGGAAGUAACCACUGAUAUACCCACUUCAGUUACUACUGAAGAUUCUACGACGUUAACUACAGAAGGUACAAGUACGACUGAGUUAUCUUCCACACCAACAACCUUUGCCCCAUCAACUCCAGAAGUGACAUCUACUACAGAAGCGGAGACAACUACGCCUUCGAUUUGUCCUCCUGGUUUCUUCGGGAACAUUCCGCAUCCGUAUCUCUGUAAUUCAUACUUCAUGUGCGUCAACGGAAUAGCUAUACAACUCUUCUGCGGCGAAGGAUAUGAAUUUGAUCCGGCCAAUGAGAUUUGCGUCAUCAUAGCUGAAGGAGGAUGCACGUUGGGAACGAGGCCGCCAACACAUACUACCCCUGAGUAUACUACUACAGAUCAUUCUACCACAGUGCUGCCUACUACAGUUACAGACGGAUCUACGUAUUUGACUACUGACAGUUCUACUACAGUAACUACAGAUUCUUCUACUGAGGAUGCAGGUACUACUGAAGCUACUACUGAACUGCCUACCUCGGUUACUACAGAAAGUUCUACUACACUAGCUACUGAAGGUACUAGUACAACUGAACUUCCCACUGUCACCACCACUGAAGAGUCUACCACAGUAACUACCGAGGGAACUUUCACUCCUGAAAUAUCUUCCACACCAACAACCCUUGUCCCCUCAACUCCCGAGAUCACCUCUACUACAGAAGCGGAGACGACCACGCCCUCUAUUUGUCCUCCUGGAUUCUUCGGGAACAUUCCGCAUCCGUAUCUCUGUAAUUCAUACUUCAUGUGUGUCAACGGAAUAGCUAUACAACUCUUCUGCGGCGAAGGAUAUGAAUUUGAUCCAGCUAAUGAGAUUUGCGUCAUCAUAGCUGAAGGAGGAUGCACGUUGGGAACAAGGCCGCCAACACAUACCACCCCUGAGUAUACUACUACAGACCACUCUACCACUGCGCUGCCUACUACAGUUACAGACGGAUCUACGUAUUUGACUACUGAGAGUUCUACUACAGUAACUACAGAUUCCCCCACUGAGGAUGCAAGUACUACUGAAGCUACUACUGAACUGCCUACCUCUGUCACUACGGAAAGUUCUACUACACUAGUUACUGAAGAUACUAGUACAACUGAACUUCCCACUGCCAGCACCACUGAAGACUCUACCGCAGCAACUACUGCCGGUUCUACUAUAGUAACUACCGAGGGAACCUUCACUACUGAAAUAUCUUCCACACCAACAACCCUCGUCCCCUCAACUCCAGAGAUCACAUCUACUACAGAAGCGGAGACGACCACGCCCUCUAUUUGUCCUCCUGGAUUCUUCGGGAACAUUCCGCAUCCGUAUCUCUGUAAUUCAUACUUCAUGUGUGUCAACGGAAUAGCUAUACAACUCUUCUGCGGCGAAGGAUAUGAAUUUGAUCCAGCUAAUGAGAUUUGCGUCAUCAUAGCUGAAGGAGGAUGCACGUUGGGAACAAGGCCGCCAACACAUACCACCCCUGAGUAUACUACUACAGACCACUCUACCACUGCGCUGCCUACUACAGUUACAGACGGAUCUACGUAUUUGACUACUGAGAGUUCUACUACAGUAACUACAGAUUCCCCCACUGAGGAUGCAAGUACUACUGAAGCUACUACUGAACUGCCUACCUCUGUCACUACGGAAAGUUCUACUACACUAGUUACUGAAGAUACUAGUACAACUGAACUUCCCACUGCCAGCACCACUGAAGACUCUACCGCAGCAACUACUGCCGGUUCUACUAUAGUAACUACCGAGGGAACCUUCACUACUGAAAUAUCUUCCACACCAACAACCCUCGUCCCCUCAACUCCAGAGAUCACAUCUACUACAGAAGCGGAGACGACCACGCCCUCUAUUUGUCCUCCUGGAUUCUUCGGGAACCUUCCGCAUCCGACUCUCUGUAAUUCGUACUUUAUGUGUCUUAAUGGCGUCGCGAUACAAGUCUUCUGCGCCGAAGGAUACGAGUUCGAUCCUGCUACCGAGACUUGCGUCAUCAUAGCUGAGGGAGGAUGCACGUUGGGAACCAGGCCGCCAACACAUACUACUCCAGAGUAUACAACUAUAGACUCAUCUACUACUGCAGCGCCUUCCACAGUCACAGAUGAAACCACAUAUCUUACUACAGGCGGAAUUACCACAACAUCUCCUGAAAGUCCUACAACUACUGAUCUGCCAACUUCAGUAACAACAGAAGAAACAACUACAUUAACUACUUCUGAGGACACAACAACGGAAUUGCCUACUACUGCGCCUCCUGUAACAGUCACAGAUGAAUCUACGUAUCCUACUACAGACGCCACAGACGCUUCUUCUACUACUGAGUUGCCUACUACAAUAACUACUGAAGGAACCAUUACCACUGAAGUAUCUUCCACGUUAACAACAGUCCCCUCAACUCCAGAGAUCACAUCUACUACAGUAGCGGAGACGACUACGCCCUCGAUUUGUCCUCCUGGAUUCUUCGGGAACAUUCCGCAUCCGUAUCUCUGUAAUUCAUACUUCAUGUGCGUCAACGGAAUAGCUAUACAACUCUUCUGCGGCGAAGGAUAUGAAUUUGAUCCGGCCAAUGAGAUUUGCGUCAUCAUUGCUGAAGGAGGAUGCACGUUAGGAACAAGGCCGCCAACAUAUACUACUCCAGAGUAUACAACUAUAGACUCCUCUACUACUGCAGCGCCUUCCACAGUCACAGAUGAAACCACAUAUCUUACUACAGACGGAAUUACCACAACAUCUCCUGAAAGUCCUACAACUACAGAUCUGCUAACUUCAGUAACAACAGAAGAAACAACUACAUUAACUACUUCUGAGGAUACAACAACGGAAUUGCCUACUACUGCGCCUCCUGUAACAGUCACAGAUGAGUCUACGUAUCCUACUUCAGAUGCCACAGACGCUUCUCCUACCACUAAGUUGCCUACUACAGUAACUACUGAGGGAACCAUUACCACUGAAGUAUCUUCCACGUUAACAACAUUCCCCUCAACUCCAGAGAUCACAUCUACUACAGUAGUAGAGACGACUACGCCCUCUAUUUGUCCUCCUGGAUUCUUCGGGAACAUUCCGCACCCGUAUCUCUGUAAUUCAUACUUCAUGUGCGUCAACGGAAUAGCUAUACAACUCUUCUGCGGCGAAGGAUAUGAAUUUGAUCCGGCCAAUGAGAUUUGCGUCGUCAUAGCUGAAGGAGGCUGCACGUUAGGGACAAGACCUCCAACACAUACUACCCCUGAGUAUACUACUACAGACCACUCUACCACUGCGCUGCCUACUACAGUUACAGAUGGAUCUACAUAUCUGACUACUGACAGUUCUACGACAGUAACUACAGAUUCUUCUACUGAGGAUGCAAGUACUACUGAAGCUACUACUGAACUACCUACCUCGGUCACUACGGAAAGUUCUACUACACUAGCUACUGAAGGUACCAGUACAACCGAUCUUCCCACUGCCAGCACCACUGAAGACUCUACCACAGUAACUACUGAGGGAACUUUCACUACUGAAAUAUCUUCCACACCAACAACCCUCGUCCCCUCAACUCCAGAGAUUACAUCUACUACAGAAGUGGAGACGACUACACCCUCUAUUUGUCCUCCUGGAUUCUUCGGGAACCUUCCGCAUCCGACUCUCUGUAAUUCGUACUUUAUGUGCAUCAAUGGCGUCGCGAUACAAGUCUUCUGUGCUGAAGGAUACGAGUUCGAUCCUGCUACCGAGACUUGCGUCAUCAUAGCUGAAGGAGGAUGCACGUUGGGAACCAGGCCGCCAACACAUACUACUCCAGAGUAUACAACUAUAGACUCAUCUACUACUGCAGCGCCUUCCACAGUCACAGAUGAAACCACAUAUCUUACUACAGACGGAAUCACCACAACAUCUCCUGAAAGUCCUACGACUACUGAUCUGCCAACUUCAGUAACAACAGAAGAAACAACUACAUUAACUACUUCUGAGGACACAACAACGGAAUUGCCUACUACUGCGCCUCCUGUAACAGUCACAGAUGAAUCUACGUAUCCUACUACAGACGCCACAGACGCUUCUUCUACUACUGAGUUGCCUACUACAAUAACUACUGAGGGAACCAUUACCACUGAAGUAUCUUCCACGUUAACAACAGUCCCCUCAACUCCAGAGAUCACAUCUACUACAGUAGCGGAGACGACUACGCCCUCGAUUUGUCCUCCUGGAUUCUUCGGGAACAUUCCGCAUCCGUAUCUCUGUAAUUCAUACUUCAUGUGCGUCAACGGAAUAGCUAUACAACUCUUCUGCGGCGAAGGAUAUGAAUUUGAUCCGGCCAAUGAGAUUUGCGUCAUCAUAGCUGAGGGAGGAUGCACGUUAGGAACAAGGCCGCCAACAUAUACUACUCCAGAGUAUACAACUAUAGACUCCUCUACUACUGCAGCGCCUUCCACAGUCACAGAUGAAACCACAUAUCUUACUACAGACGGAAUUACCACAACAUCUCCUGAAAAUCCUACAACUACAGAUCUGCUAACUUCAGUAACAACAGAAGGAACAACUAAAUUAACUACUUCUGAGGACACAACAACGGAAUUGCCUACUACUGCGCCUCCUGUAACAGUCACAGAUGAGUCCACGUAUCCUACUUCAGAUGCCACAGACGCUUCUUCUACCACCGAGUUGCCUACUACAGUAACUACUGAGGGAGCCAUUACCACUGAAGUAUCUUCCACGUUAACAACAUUCCCCUCAACUCCAGAGAUCACAUCUACUACAGUAGUGGAGACGACUACACCCUCUAUUUGUCCUCCUGGAUUCUUCGGGAACCUUCCGCAUCCGACUCUCUGUAAUUCGUACUUCAUGUGCGUCAACGGAAUAGCUAUACAACUCUUCUGCGGCGAAGGAUAUGAAUUUGAUCCGGUCAAUGAGAUUUGCGUCGUCAUAGCUGAAGGAGGCUGCACGUUAGGGACAAGACCUCCAACACAUACUACCCCUGAGUAUACUACUACAGACCACUCUACCACUGCGCUGCCUACUACAGUUACAGAUGGAUCUACAUAUCUGACUACUGACAGUUCUACGACAGUAACUACAGAUUCUUCUACUGAGGAUGCAAGUACUACUGAGGCUACUACUGAACUGCCUACCUCGGUCACUACGGAAAGUUCUACUACACUAGUAACUAAAGGUACUAGUACAACUGAACUACCCACAGUAACUACCGAGGGAACUUUCACUACUGAAAUAUCUUCCACACCAACAACCCUCGUCCCCUCAACUCCAGAGAUCACAUCUACUACAGAAGUGGAGACGACUACACCCUCGAUUUGUCCUCCUGGAUUCGUCGGGAACCUUCCGCAUCCGACUCUCUGUAAUUCGUACUUUAUGUGCAUCAAUGGCGUCGCGAUACAAGUCUUCUGCGCUGAAGGAUACGAGUUCGAUCCUGCUACCGAGACUUGCGUCAUCAUAGCUGAGGGAGGAUGCACGUUGGGAACCAGGCCGCCAACACAUACUACUCCAGAGUAUACAACUAUAGACUCAUCUACUACUGCAGCCACUACCACAGUCACAGAUGAAUCCACACAUCUCACCACGGAUGACUCUACAACAGUAACUGCUGAAGCCACUACAGCAGUACCAAGUACGAUUUCGACUGACGGGUCUACUAUAGUACCUACCGAGGGGAUUAGUACUACUGAUGAGUCUACCGUAGCAACUACUGAGGGCAUUAGUACUACUGAACUAACUACGGCAGUGCCAACUACUGAAGGAACUGUCACCGCUGAAGUGUCUUCCACACCAACAACCCUUGUUCCCUCAACUCCAGAGAUCACAUCUACUACAGAAGCGGAGACGACUACACCCUCUAUUUGUCCUCCUGGAUUCUUCGGGAACCUUCCGCAUCCGUAUCUCUGUAAUUCGUACUUUAUGUGUCUCAAUGGCGUGGCUAUACAAGUCUUCUGCGCUGAAGGAUUUGAGUUCGACCCUGCUAGUGAGGCUUGCGUGAUUAUAGCUGAAGGAGGUUGCACAUUAGGAACAAGACCUCCAACAGAUACUACUCCUGGGUAUACAGCUACAGACUCAUCUACCACUGCAUCACCAACAGCCACAGAUGAAUCUACUUACAUUACUACUGAUGGUCUAACUACAGUAACUACUGAAGGAAUGAGUACAACUGAAGUCAAUACCGACCAACCUACUACUAUAACGACAGCAGAAUCCACCACAGUAACUACAGGUGACACUACUGAAUAUUCUACUACACUAGCUACCGAGGGCACAAGUACUACUGAACAGCCCACCUCUGUCACUACUGACGAUCCUAAUACAGUGACUACUGAAGCUAGUACUGACGCGCGCACUUCAGUCACUAGUGACUCUACAACUACUAUAACGACUGAAGGUAUAAGUACUACUCAAAUACCAACUUCAAUAACAACUGAAGAUUAUUCUGAAGUCACUACGGAAAGUUUGAGUACAACUGACCUACUCACUUCGACUACUGUAGAAGAUCCGACUACAUUAACUACAGAGGGUACGAGUACCACUGAAGUAUCUUCCACAAUAACAACCAUACUCCCAUCAACCCCAGAAGUGACAUCUACUACAGAAGCGGAGACGACCACGCCCUCUAUUUGUCCUCCUGGAUUCUUCGGGAACAUUCCGCAUCCGUAUCUCUGUAAUUCAUACUUCAUGUGCGUCAACGGAAUAGCUAUACAACUCUUCUGCGGGGAAGGAUAUGAAUUUGAUCCGGCCAAUGAGGUCUGCGUCGUCAUAGCUGAAGGAGGCUGCACGUUAGGGACAAGACCUCCCACACACUCUACACCUGGGUAUACAACUACAGACUCGUCUCAAACUGUAGCACCUUCUACAGUCACAGAUGAAUCCACAUAUCUCACUACUGAUGGUUCUACAACAGUAACUGCUGAAGUCACUACAGCAGUACCAACUACAAUCUCGACUGAUGAGUCUACCAUAGCACCUACCGAAGGGAUUAGUACUACUGAUGAGUCUACCGUAGCAACUACUGAGGGCAUUAGUACUACUGAACUAACUACAGCAGUGCCAACUACUGAAGGAACUGUCACCACCGAAGUGUCUUCCACACCAACAACCCUCGUUCCCUCAACUCCAGAGAUCACAUCUACUACAGAAGCGGAGACGACUACGCCCUCUAUUUGUCCUCCUGGAUUCUUCGGGAACAUUCCGCACCCGUAUCUCUGUAAUUCAUACUUCAUGUGCGUUAACGGAAUAGCUAUACAACUCUUCUGCGGCGAAGGAUAUGAGUUUGAUCCUCCUACAGAGAACUGCGUCAUAAUCGCCGAAGGAGGUUGCACACUGGGAACAACACCCCCGAUAGACACCACUUCUUCAUAUAUAACUACUACGCUUAGCCCUACCGACGGCUCUACCGUAGUGACUACUGAACGAACAACUAACACUGAAGUACCAACUUCAAUGACUACGAAUGAUGCUACUACAAUGACUACCGAAGUCACCUCCGCCACUUCUGAGACAACUACUGACAUAUCGUCUACCGUCGAUAGUGUGGCUACGACCACUGAAGCGGAGACCACAAGGCCACCGAUUUGUUCUCCAGGUUUCUUCGGACAAAUCCCUCAUCCAGAACUCUGUAAUUCCUUCUUCAUGUGCAUGGGAGGGCCACAUGCGAUACAGCUGUUCUGUUCUGAAGGUUUCGAAUUUGAUCCAAUACAAGAGACAUGCGUCAUCAUAGCCGAAGGAGGAUGUACCCUCGGACCAGUUCCAAAUCCUACCACCACUCAAAGUCCUAACACUGCCACUACUGAAACGCCUACACAAACUGAAAGUAGCACAACUACUGCGGCUACCACGCAAGGUUAUUCCACAACAGAAGACGAUAAAUCCACCACAGAGUUUACUGCCACAACUGCGGAUGAUGCAACUUCUGAAGCUACUUCUGAAUCGACUACUUCGACUAGUCUAGAAACAGAAGCGACAACUGUUGCAGCCACUGAUACUCCCAGUACUGGUACAACCGUGGAAGCGACUACUGAAGUUGUCGAGACAACCACAGCCGGGUCAGGGACGACAGUACCGGCGAUCUGUCCGCCCGGUUUCUUUGGAUACGUACCGCACCCGGAGAUGUGCGACUCGUAUUUCCUGUGCACGUUUGGAACCGCCGUGCAGCUGUUCUGUUUGGAGGGCUACGAGUUCGACCCCGCGUCCGAGCAAUGCGUAGUCAUAGCUGAGGGAGGAUGUACUCUUGGUGGCACUUCAAAACCACCAGCGUUACCAACGGACCCAGUACCAACCGAAACGACAACAACUGACAUAACUACUACACCAACGCCUUCUUUAACUACUGAAGAUGGUGAUGCUACUACUUCAGAAGCCCCUACUGCUACUGAUAUAGUAUCCACAUCAACUGAACAUACCGAUUCGACUCCUACCACCGUUACAACAACGGAAAUACCAACCCCGAAUCCUACAACAGCAUCAGAUGAAACAGUAUCUACUGUUGAAGUGACGACUGUAGAAGCUUCAACUGAUAAGCCCAUCAGUACAACUUCGAUUUCGACUGAAGAUGGAACCGCGAGUUCGGAAACCAGCGCUGCAACUUCGGUGACCAGUGGCGAUUACGAAACUUCGACUGCAACUGUCGAAACUACCACUCAGUCGAUGUGUCCGCCCGGCUUCGUCGGUACUUUACCGCACCCGGAUAUAUGUUACAGUUAUUUCCUGUGCGUUUCCGGACAACCGGUUCAGCUCUUCUGUUUGGAGGGAUACGAAUACGACCCGAUUUCGAUGGAAUGUGUGAUCAUCGCUGAAGGUGGUUGCACCUUGGGCCCGGCAACCAGCCCGACAGAGGUGACAGACGGUGGUUUCAGCACUGAACAAACAUUCACGACAACUGAACGCACAACCAGUCACACUACGACGACUGAUGACGCGGCCACACCAGAAGCCAGUACCACAACUGAUAUUACUUCGCCAACGGUGGAACAGACGGACGCCACCACACAUGCACCAACCGAAACUGGUGCUACGGACGCUGCAACCGAUGCUUCCACUACAGCACUAACUACCGAGGAAACAGAUUCAACCACAGAGGGUUCUACGUCUGAAGCGACUGCAGCCGAAACUUCUGCAACGACUUCUGCUCCGCCCGCCAUGUGCCCGCCGGACUUCUUCGGCAACAUACCGCACCCGGAGCUGUGCAAUUCGUUCUUCAUGUGCGCUGCUGGUAACGCCAUCCAACUGUUCUGCGGCGAAGGACAUGAAUUCGAUCCGGCACUAGAUACUUGCGUGGUGAUAGCUGAAGGAGGUUGCACUCUAGGACCAGCCACGUCUCCAACAACUAACCUUCCUACUAUCACGCCGACGAGCACAAAUCCCCCAGCAGAAACCCAAACUACAGAACCCAUACCGACAACAAACUACCCAUCUACUUCUGAAACCCAAGAAUCAACAGUCAUCGCUUCUACCACAGUCGGUUCCAACACCGACUCGACUUCAAUAACCGAUGGCCAAACAGACUCACAGACCACAGAGUCUGGUUCGAAUACAGAGUCGCAACCGACGACUUCUGGAGCUACAUCGACAACCGAAGCGUCAACAACCACGGUUGCCAUGGAAACCGAACCACCGGCUCUGUGCCCACCGGAUUUCUUCGGAACUAAGCCCCAUCCGGUUAUUUGCUACUCUUUCUACAUGUGCACGGCUGGCACCGCUCUCCAGCUCUUCUGCAGCGAAGGCUACGAGUACUCCACCCAAGUAGAGACGUGCGUAAGAAUAGCACCUGGUGGUUGCACGUUGGGACCGAUAGUUGAGACUACGACAAACGCGGCGACCAGCACUACUUCAGAAACCGACGCUUCGAAUUCACCAACAGCUUCGGUUCCCGCAACCGAAGCGGACACAACCACCGCGCAACCUACCACCGAUGAAACCACUUCUCGGACUUCAGAGGCUGCUACGUCUACUGAAGCGUCUGCGGCCACAGAAGCGCCGCCAAUCUGUCCGCCUGGCUUCGUGGGUACCCUGCCGCAUCCGGACCUCUGCAAUUCUUUCAUCAUGUGCGCUGGCGGUGUCCCCUUGCAGUUGUUCUGUAGUGAAGGGUUCGAAUAUGACCCCGCCGCUGAGACCUGCGCGAAAAUAUCAGAAGGAGGAUGUACUCUAGGACAGAGCACAACACCUGCCACAGACACGACGUCCCAACACACAACCGCGGACACCCAGACAACUUCAGAUGUCACCAGUCCGACCACGGAGACCCCUUCUCAUGAUAUCACCACCGAAACUACCACAGGCACCACUAAUAUUGAUGAUGACGGCUCAACCACUGAAGCUGGUACAGAUACCACCCAUAACGAUGAUACAACUUCCGAUGGUAUCACAACAGAAGCUACCGGUGCCACGAUUUUCGAACCUACUACUUCGGCUAGUUUCACAACAGAAACUACGGGUUCUGAUACAACGGAUUCGUCUGCAACUACAGAAGUAGCUGCUACGACUAUAGAUUCAACUAGUGAUGGAGCAUCAACUACUGAAGCUGUCACAACUACGACAGUUAGGGUUGAGACAACCACACCGUCGUUGUGUCCGCCCAACUGGCUUGGGAAUCUGCCGCAUCCGGAUCGUUGCGAUGGGUUCAUCAUGUGCGUGAAUGGAAUCGCAUUACCGCUGUUCUGCAGCUCAGGGUUCGAAUACGACCCACCUUCUGAUUCGUGCGUGAAGAUAGCCGAAGGUGGCUGUACUUUAGGACCAAUCACGACCACUGUGCAAUCAGAUACAACUGCAAGUCCUUCAGAAGAAAUAACAAUUCCUGAUAGUAUCUCUACGACUACCGUAGAAGCCGCUGCUACGACUCCAACAUCAGACCCAGCUGAUUCUACUACAGAAGCAGCCGACUCAACUACUGAUUCCGCGGUCACUACCGAACCAGUAACGUCUGGUAGUACAGGAAUUUAUGAAGCAACAACUUCUGAUGGCAACAGGCCGACUAGAGACUCUUCUGAUGAAGCAACCACUGACAUUGAAACCACAGAAGCAGGCACACAGCCAACUGAAACUGCGACUUCAGAAGUAACGAGCACGACUUCUGGAAACUUCGAGACAACCCCACGCUCGAUCUGUCCCCCGGGCUGGGUGGGCAAUGUGCCCGCUCCGGACCGGUGCGACGCCUUCUAUAUGUGCACCAGCGGGAUCGCCAUCCGGCUGUACUGUAGUGAGGGAUACGAGUUCGACCCAGCUUCAGACAACUGCGUCCGAAUAGCCGAGGGCGGCUGCACGUUUGGACCAACUACAACCAAACUCCCCGACCUGACAACUCCAGACACCGCACAAACGACUGUCGACACUAAAACAACUGAACAAAGUCCAGAAUCAACCACUGUCUCUAAAGCGACCACUCAAGCUAAUGAUGAUGAAUCAAGGCCAAGUCAAACCGGACACACAACAACAAAUACGGGAGCUACUUCUGAAACAACAACUUCUGGUGAAGCCGUUACUUCCGAAACAACACAUGCCACUACCUCGGAAGGGGCAGAGGCGACUGGGACCACACAGCGCGAGGAGACCACGACGCCGGCCAUAUGUCCGCCAGGGUUCAUAGGGAACGUGGCCAGUGCCGAGGACUGCAACAAGUUCUACAUGUGCACCCUCGGCAUCGCCAUCCCGCUGUACUGCAGCCAGGGAUACGAGUACAGCCCUGGACUCGAUACCUGCGUCCGAGUAGCCGAGGGCGGUUGCACGUUAGGACCAACUACAACCAAGCUGCCCGACCUCACAACUUCAGACACCGCACAAACGACUGUCGACGCUAAAACAACCGAACAGAGUCCAGAAUCGACCACUGUCUCUAAAGUGACCACCUCGGAAGGAACAGAGGCGACUAGGACCACACAGCGCGAGGAGACCACGACGCCAGCCAUCUGUCCACCAGGGUUCAUAGGGAACGUGGCCAGUGCUGAGGACUGCAACAAGUUCUACAUGUGCACCCUCGGCAUCGCCAUCCCGCUGUACUGCGGCCAGGGAUACGAAUACAGCCCUGGACUGGAUAGCUGCGUUCCAGUCGGAAGUGGAGGUUGCACGCGCGGGUACUCCGGACCCAACCCGGACCGAGACCCAAUGCAGGGGACCAAAGCGGCCAAGCCAAUAGAGCUCCCGGAGCACAUCCCAUCUCUCUGCCCACGAGGUUCUUACGGACGUCUUCCCCAUCCAGACCGCUGCGACAGAUUCUAUCUCUGUAAAGCUGGAGACGCAUUCCUCAUGAGCUGCUCUGAUGGAUUCGACUUCGACCCUGGAACACAGAAAUGCGUGCAAAUGGCCGCCAAUGGAUGCAGCGCCAAACGAACUAAGGCUAUGCUAAACUGAACUAUGGCUGUGAAACUGUUACAAUAAUAUAAUCAAUACACUUUAAGGCAAUAAAACAAUAAUUACUUGUACACGCGUGAACAUUCACCACUGUGAAAAUGUAUAUAAAAUAUGCUACCAUGUUAUAAAGUUGUUGAAAAAAAACCGAAUUAAAAUAAUUGAUUUGUUAAAAGCAAAACAACCGAUCUUAGAAAUUAUAAAGACCUUCCACUCAACUUGUACAUAGAUAAAUCGCGAUACGACAUUUAAGUUACAAUUUCCUAUUAUUUAUGUUGUAGAUAUAAUUAUUAUAGUUUAUCAUGUAACACAGAAUGUUUUUAGUUUUAUUAUUUAUGAUUUUGUUAAUAUUUUUAAAGUAUUGAAUUCAUAAUUGACUUAAAAAGUCCUAUUUUGGUAACAUUUCAUUUGUUUAAUAGAGCUACACCAACACGCAAAAAAUAUGCAUAGUAAUUAUUGUUUCGUUGUCUUAAAAGUUGCAUGUUUAUUAAAUUAUUCAUAAAUGAGAUUAUUAGAUCUUUAAAUGUUUGCUCAAAAUUUAUUUAAACGCCAUCUAGUGGCCUGUGUAGAAACUUGUAAAAAAUUUUUCGUUAUUCAAGUAAUAUUGUGAUAAAAACCUCUAUUUAUUAAUGCAAUUUUUCGAUCUGAAUUUAUAUCAAACCCGAGGCCACUUGAAAAGUUCUAUAUUGUACAUAAUGUGUAAUAAUAACUUAUAUUUUGCAUGUAUUUUUGGAUUAUAUUUUUUAAAAGUUUGUAAAUUUUUGAACAAAACGUACCAAAUAAUUACAUUGUUGUUGUAUUUUA